UUCUAACACCCUGUGCAACUUUGCCCUGUGCUUGGGACCCGCCCACUAGCUGCUUCACUGUCAUUUGUCCCUGAUAUCCAAGCAGACACAAGACAGGAGCAAAACAAGAAACUUUUAUUCCCCCUCGUAGGAUUUGCACUACCACCACCAUGAUGCUCGCCCUGACUGCGGGGCGUGUAGGAACAGGGUUCCUAGGCAGGCGCUUGGUGGCACUCGUGACCCCGAGCAGCGCCACCGUGGCGAGGCACGGUCACGGUGAGGUAAGCCAGGCAGCGGACAUGUCCAAGCCAAUGUACUGUGACCGUGUGGACACCCCGUUGCCGGACAAAGCCUACAAGGAUGAGCUGAGUGCUGCUGACAAGAGCCUAAAGCAAAAGGAGAAAGGGCCCUGGAACCAAUUGACCAAAGAGGAGAAGAUAGCCCUCUACCGCCUGAUGUUUCGUCAGACUUACCCAGAAAUGAAGAAGACCACGGAUGAGUGGAAGACUGUCAUGGGCGGCGUCUUCAUCUUUCUGGGCCUCACCGGGCUGGUUGUCCUGUGGCAGUCCAUCUACGUGUACCCUCCGCGUCCCCGGACCUUUGAUAGCGAGUGGCAGGCCAAACAAAUCCAGAGGAUGUUAGACAUGAGGAUGAACCCAGUCGAAGGUCUCUCCGCCAAGUGGGACUAUGAGAAGGGCCAGUGGAAAUGAAGAUGCAGCAGGACACUGAUUCUGCAUGGUGUAACUUGCACAAUAAUAAAGAUUGAUCUCCGUCCAGCA